AGCGUAAAUUACGAGUCAAAGUUGGUAUGUUGUGAUUUAUUAAAGCUGAUUUGUUCAAACCAGUCACAAGAUUUCAAGAGAAAAGAUUAGUAAAUAACAGGAAAAGAUGAGGGUGAAGGAAGUUGAGCGUACUGCCAAUGUGGCCUGGUCCCCAUCAGAUCAACACCCAAUCUACCUGGCUGCUGGAACGGCUGCUCAGCAGCUUGAUGCCACAUUCAGUACAAAUGCAGCAUUGGAGGUGUAUAGCCUCAACCUGGCAGACUCUGACCUAGAGAUGCCUGUAGCUGUCACAGUUCCAUCAGAAAACAGGUUUCAUAAGGUGCUGUGGGGAAGUCAUGGAAUGGCCGACUCUAGUAUGCCAUCUGGUGUGAUUGUAGCAGGCACAGACAAUGGUCAGCUGAAAGGCUGGGAUGCGGCCAAACUUUUAAACGGAAAACUUGAGGAGGCAGAAGUGUUUUCACUAGAUAAACACACAGGAUCUGUCAAAGCCCUGGACUUCAAUCCCUUUCAGACUAAUUUAUUGGCAUCAGGAGCAGGUGAAUCAGAAAUCUACAUCUGGGAUCUGAACAAUAUCACCACACCAAUGACACCUGGAGCUAAAUCCCAGCCCCCGGAAGAGGUAGCCUGUGUGGCCUGGAACAGGCAGGUACAGCACAUUCUGGCCUCUACCUUCACUGCCCGCUGCGUGGUCUGGGACCUGAGGAAGAAUGAACCUGUCAUCAAGAUCAGUGACAGUAUGUCACGGAUCAAGUGUAAGACUGUGGCCUGGCACCCUGACGUGGCCACUCAGCUGUGUCUGUCCUCAGAGGAUGACCACACCCCUGUCAUACAACUCUGGGACCUCAGGUUUGCUACCUCUCCGCUCAAGGUGUUUGAAAACCACCAGAGGGGUAUCCUGAGCAUGGCCUGGUGUCUGAGAGAUCCUGACAUGCUGCUUAGCUGUGGCAAAGACAACAGGAUUCUCUGCUGGAACCCCAACACAAAUGUACAAGGGGGUGAGGUGAUCUAUGAGUUACCAACUAGUAACCAGUGGAGCUUUGAUGUCCAGUGGUGUCCUCGUAACCCCAACAUCAUCUCCAGCUCUUCAUUUGAUGGUCACAUCACAGUGUUUUCCCUCAUGGGCGGUGGCCAUCCACUCCAGCCCAGCAAUAGGAUAGCAGCCUCAUUUGACACGGACCUGUUCGGUCAGAUGCCUCCUGCCCCUGUUGCUCAGACAGAGGAACAGUCUGUGGCACCCCUCACAAAGCCCCCCAAGUGGCUCAGAAAACCUGUGGGAGCCUCUUUUGCUUUUGGAGGAAAAUUAGUCACAUUUGAACAUACCAAGCCACAAAAUCCACAACAACCUCCUCAGCGAUUGGUCAACAUCAGCCAGGUUGUGACGGAAACGGAUUUGCUCUCUAGAUCCACCCAAUUAGAGCAGGCUUUACAAAGUGGGCAGCUUUUGGAAUUCUGCUCUAUGAAAGCGUCAAACAGUGAAAAUGAUUUCCAGGAAAACAUCUGGAAUUUCCUGCGAGUAAAUUUUGAAACCGAGCCCCGUCCAAGAUAUUUACAAUUGCUUGGAUACGACCAAACAGAUUUAGCAAAAAGGGUUGCUGAGCAGACAGGGGAGGCAAUCGCUGCAGCCCAAGGUGUGGAUGCUUCAGAACUGGCUCGUAAAAUGUCCCAGUUAGGAACAGAGGAUUUAAAACCAGGAACGUUGUCACUUAGUGGACAAGCAUCUCCAAGCGUUGAAUCUAAGACUCCCAAUGACUCGAGCAGUCGUGAUGAGCUGUCCGACCAAUCCUCAGCGUUUGAUGAGAUUGCUAUGAACCAGCAGGGUCAGCCCCAACAAACAGGGGUAUCAGGAUCAUCCACACCUCUGGUCAUUCCAGGACUAAAAGAUAAAGAAGGCUUGAUGACCCAGGCACUGUUGAUGGGGAACUUUGAGGCAGCUGUGGAGAUGUGUCUCCAUGAGAACAACAUGGCUGAGGCUAUACUACUGGCUAUAGCAGGAGGACCAGAACUGCUGGCCAGAACACAAAAAAAGUUCUUCCAGAGAAACAAGAGCAAGACUAAUAAACUUGUGGCUUCUAUCCUGAGUCGUGACUGGCGACAGAUUGUGGAGGGCUGUGAUCUGAACAACUGGAAGGAAGCACUGGCUGUCAUCGUCACAUACGCUUCUAAUGAUGAGUUUACUGCUCUCUGUGAUAUGUUGGGUUCUCGCCUGGAGAAAGAGCGCAGAGGAGAGUUCUCUGGAUAUGCCAGCCUUUGUUACAUCUGCUCAGGGAAUGUCAAUAAACUGGUGGAUAACUGGAUGAAAAUCACACCUGCUACAAACACACCAGGCUCAUUACAGGAUCUGGUGGAGAAGGUGAUGAUCUUGAGGAAAGCUGUGGAGAUUGCCAAAGGACAGGCCCCAGAGGUGACGACAGGUACCCUUGCCUCCCAGCUCAGCUCCUACUCAGGCAUAUUGGCUGCCCAGGGCAGUCUGACCACUGCGAUGAACUACCUGGGCAACUCCUCAGAGGUGUCCCUGGCGAUCCUGCGUGACCGUCUGUACAAAGCCUUAGGUCCUCUGGCCCAGGGGUAUGAGGCCCCGCCCUUCCCCUUCCAGAGGAGAGAUGUGAAUGCAGCAGGGAUAAGGCAGACACAACAGGCCGCCCAGGCCCCUCAACAACAACAACAACAACAGAGGAAAGCCCCACACACCUACCAGACGCAGGCUGUAAGUGGCUUCCAAACAACAACAACACCAAGUGUCAGCUCUUAUUACAACCCUACCCAGUACACAAACAUGAAUGGAGGUGUGUCGUCAGCCUCUGUGUACAACCCUACGGUGUCCUCUUACUCAGACAGCAGUGCUUCCUCCUCUGCAGGAUAUUCAGCUAAAGGUGGCCUGGGUCAUCGUUACCCGUCCUACCCUCAGUCUGCAGCCCAGUACGGGAUAGACACAUACUCUCCACAGCAGGGUUACAACCAAACCAGUCAAGCGCAGACAGGCUACAACUCAACCAGUCAAGGGCAGACAGGCUACAACCAGCAGACACCUUAUUCUCAACAAUCUGCCUUCUACAAUCCAAGUGGUUAUAAUGCCCCUGUCAGCUUGCCCAAUGUCAAUAGUUACACACAGAACCAGACCCCAGGAGGGCCAUACAGUCAAGCAAACAGUGCUCCGUUACGGCCUGCUUACCAGGAUGUGAAACCAGUGUCAGCCUGGAAUGAUCCUCCCAUAGUGGGAUCUAAAAAGGCUGCCCAAUAUGAGGCACCGAACCCCAUUACAAAUCCCAUCUUUGGAUCAAAUCAGCCUCAGGCCCCAGAGCAAGGCCCGCCUGGAGCACCAAACUACUCACAGUUCUACAACCCAGCAGAGCACCAGCCAGCACCGCAGCCUGCCAAGCCAGUAGAACCUCCCAAGCCUGUAGAGAAGGGACCUAUCCCACAAGAACAUGUUGUUUUGAAAGAAAUAUUUGAUGGAUUAGUUAAUGGUUGUAUGAACUCAGCUACAAAUGCGCAAGUGAAAAGAAAACUAGAAGAUGUUAUAAGGAAGCUAGAAAUUUUAUAUGACAGACUAAGGGAAAGUUCAUUAUCCCAGAAUGUGACGUUGGGUCUUCACCAGAUUAUCCAGUCUGUACAACAGGGGGACUACAACACUGGACUGGCUAUCUACACUCAGAUGAUCUCACAGGGCAACUUCUCCGAGAUCAGCAGUUUUAUGCCAGCAUUGAAGGUGCUUCUCCAAACAUCCGCGCAUUUACAAGUCUAUGUACAGUAAGAUUAUAAAUAUAGGAUACAGUCAUCCAGUAGUGAUUUUUUAGAUCUAAUCAUGUGUGUUAAAGCUAUUAUUAACUAAAGUAUUUAGCACAAUGCAUGUUUGCAGAGGUGUUUUUCACUGCUAUGUAAAGAUGAUUUUCACCAUCUUGGACAGAUUUGUUUUUAACCAUCUUGGACAGAAGUGUUUUUGACCAUCUUGGAUAAAGGUGUAUUCACCAUCCUGGACAUUUGUUUUUCACCAUCCUGGACAGCUGUUUUUCGCUUUCCUGGAGAUGAUGUUUUCACUACCUUGGAUGAGGAUGUUUUUCACCUUUAUGGAUGGGAUGGGUCAUUAUCUUGAACAAAUAUGUUUCUCAGGAUCCAGGGUAGAGGUGAUUUUCACCAUCUUCAGCAGAGGUGCUUUUCAGCAUUUUGAACAGGUUUUUUUUUUUCACUAUCCUGGAUAAUGGUGUAUUUCACCAUGCUGGACAGAGGUGUUUUUACUAUCUUGAACAGAAUUGUUUCUGACCAUCUGGUACGUGGGUGCUGUUUGUGCAUCUUGUGAUGUUGUAAAACGCUGAUUUGUCCUCAUUUAGGUUCCAAGACUAGCCAUAAAGUGUUUAACAUGAAAAUGAACAUGAUAUAAGAAGCAUUGUUUGGACACAUAUAUGAUAAGGUUGAAAAAGAACAUGUUGUUCACAUCGUCAUCUCAGCCUUGCAGGUGUGGCUUACCAGUACCAACUUUCUUUGUCUAGGUCAUAGUAUUGUUUUUAUAAGCAUGGCUUGUAAAAGUUAGAGGAUACGAUUGACAAGAGCUAUGAGAAAUUGGUUGACAGAAUUUUAAGAACGUGUUCUGUACAAUAAAAACGCUUCCAAGCAAUUCAUGCUGUCAUUUGUGGCUUAACUUAAUUCGUAUUUUAUAAGAAUCAAUUUCAUCCCCAAUGUCGCUACUGCAUGCAUAAAAAUGUUCAGAUGAAUGACGUGAAAAAUAAAAAUGCCGUUUAUGUAAAGGUAUUUAGAACACGUUCUUUCCCGGGUGAAGAUAAUUAUGAUGAAAGCAUUAAUAAUAUAAGAUGUAUAAACAUUGGCAGAUAUUUAUUCAUCAUUAUAAAGGUGCGUGUAUCACAAUGUACAUAAUCCUAUAUCUUAACGAGACCUCCUCAAGGUGUGUGUGUUGAAUCAUAAAAAACAAUUACUAACCAAUUUUUUUGUAAACAAAAUUUUACCCGUUAUUUGAACGUAGUGCCAAAUGUACUCUUCGCAAGCCUAACCCUCAGACGUUAACACACUUGACUGGCACUAUACGCAAUAGUUUUUAAAUGAGUCAUUUGGAGAAUGUUUUUGCUUUGGUCCCUUCGAGUACAUGUACAUGUAUUUACAUUUUAACGCUUCUGAACGAAACAACUUGGAGCAUGUAAAUCCUGAACGUUAUAAGCGUUGUCAUCUGUAAAUAUUAUGCCUUUUCGCCUAGCCCAAAAGUCAUUACUAACAGUCUAUUGGCGUAUUGUGUAAAUAACUGCAUGUUAAUGUCUAGACUAGAAAAUAUAACAUAUUGUCAUGUAAUCCACAGUUUAUUGUUAUACCAAAGUGUUAUGCUAAUUACAAAUUAUAAGGAUUGAAAUCAAAUGCCUACGGACGAAGAAGUGCACUUUAAAUUUCGUCAUUGCAGACUGAUGCAGUCACAUGCAAAUGAGUAUAUUUUACUACUCAUGAUAUUCAUUAUGAAAUUGGCUUAUUUAUAAGUACAUGUAUUUACGUGUGAUGUACAGGUCCAUUAUGCAUAUAGAUUGUUUGCUGGAAAAAUUUAUCAUUUAAGGGUCUGUAUUGCUAAACUACGGAUAUCGCUUCAUCGUGAUUUGUAUCGGUUGCCGAGUUCCCUCUCAAUAUGACUGAGUUAUCUCUUGAUAAUACCGAGUUGGCUCCUCGCUUGCUGCAGAAUUUUCCUAAUAUUACCGGGCUUUCUGUCAAUAUGGCAGAAUUCCUUGUCAGUGUGUCAAUAUUGCUCAGUUCUCUCUCAGGAGAAUGGUUCUCUAAUUCUGACCUGGCCAUAAACCUUGUAUGGACUUUGCAUUCUUGGAUGUAUUGAAGCACCACAGCUAUUUUAAAGCACUGUUUGAUGACGUCACAACAGCUAAUACUAUGAAUAAAAUUAAAAUACUAU